AUGGGAUGGGCUGAUAGCCUCCUAAGCUUUGCCCGGGAUGAGAGGGUUGUUCUUGUCACCUUGGGCUUAGCUACCUUUGGUGUAGUGAGUACCGUCUUCACUGCCCUCACCAUCAUAAGAGACGACAACGAAAUUCCGCCACCACAGCCAAAGACACAAUACAUCACUCAAGACACGGAAGACUCGUUGGAACUUGAAACUCUUGAGAAGUUAUUAGACCAUCCCAAUUAUUCCAUAAGAGAAGUCGCGAUCAAGAUCCUUUGCGAUCGGGCCGUGAACGAUUCCGAGACAACUGACAUAUUGCUAUUCGGCAUCACUCGACCAGAUUAUGAUGAGAGGAUGCGGUGCCUUAGGGCCUUGGCCCUGCUUACUGGACAGACUAUCGGGCUGGAUGGACUUUCAAAGUUGAACAAUCCCAAAGCCUACUCGGCUCUUGUCCGUUCUCUGGAGCUGAGCUUGGAUGAUACCGAGCGACCGAGCCUCACUGAUAGCCAUUGGGAUGAGUAUUACCUUCGCGACAUGGCCGAGAGGUUCUGCUUAAUGUUCAUCCUGGAGCUCGCCAAUAAGUAUGGUGCCAGCAUGCUAGUCAAAGCGCGCUUCGUCGAAAAAUGGUUGGCAAAGCAGGAAUGGGGCGAUACCCCGGAAGAAAGACGCCGAAAUUUCAGGGAUUACAUGGCGCUCAAGACAAAUAGGAUUGUCGAGAUUGUCGAUCGAAUCAAGGAAUCAAGGCGAGGCCUCAGGGCUCUGGAAAGGGCAGGGCUUAUGGACAAGGAGAUUUCCCGAAGGAGAAUUCGUGAACUCCCGGACCUGAUCAUGGAGAUCGAAGAGGAGACGGGAAACUUACCACUUGUCGAACAGCAAGUCACACGAACCAGGGAACAUUCAGCCGAAGAGCAAAGGCUACGGCGGCAACAUCGAGAAGCGAUGGUUCUCAACGAUGGAACUCGACCACUGGCACGCGAGGAUAUUAUCGAGAGAGAACAUACGUCUCCUGCAUAG